AUGGAUAAGAAGACGAUCAGAUCGCCGUUUUUCUCUUCCGUCGGCUCUUCUUCUCUCCGUGUCUGCUUGGCGGGACUUGACAGUAACAAACUCUUAAAAAUUUAAGAUAUUUUGAUUCCUCGAAGAAAGUGCGUGCAUCUGGAGGCAGUGGCGGAGGCUACGCUCGGAAUCCGGGCAUGGGUCCGGCUGGUCGGACCAACUCCGCAUCAUCCGCGGCGUCUCCGACUUCUUCUUCUUCAUCCGUUCAACAGCAACAGCAGCAGCAGCUGGCGUCUAGGCAUCAGCAGCAGGUGAGAAACUCAGAGGCAAAUGAUGGCAUGUUUUCGUAUCAUGCUGGUGGGGUUCAGGGGAUGAUGGGAGGUGGCAACUUUGGUUCUUCGUCUGGCUCUAUGCAGCACCCUCAGCAACCUAGGAGAUUAUUUGACUCUCCUCAACCACAACCACAACAACAACAACAGGGUUCUUCCCAAGAGGGCCAGCAGAAUUUUAAUCCAAUGCAGCAAGCGUAUCUUCAGUUUGCUUUACAGGCACAGCAACAAAAAGCACAGCAGCAAGCUAGAAUGGGAAUGCUGGGUUCAUCUAAGGAUCAAGACGCACGGAUGGGUAUGUUGAACAUGCAAGGCACGAUGCCGCAGAUCCAGGCAUCUAAUCAGGCUCAGGCCUUCUAAUCCAUCUGCUGAACAAUUUACUCGCGGUGAAAGGCAGAUGGAAUCAGGUCCUCAACAAAGGAACGAGACAAAACCUCAUCCUCAGCAAGUUGGAACCGGACAACUAGUGCCUGGAAAUAUCAUUAGGCCUAUGCAGGCACCACAGGGUGUCAAUAAUAUGGGGACCAACCAACUCGCGCUUUCACAGCAGUAGCAGGUGAUGCAGGCAUGGGCGCGCGCGAGCGUAAUAUUGAUCUCUUGCAUCCUGCCAACGCCAGCCAAAUGAUGCACAUACUCCAGGCAAGAAUGGCUGCCCAACAGAAAGCUAACGAAGGCAGUGUGGGUUCACAGUCAGCAUCCCAGUGUCUAGCCAGCCAUCUUCAUCUUCAGGUGUUCCAGGGGAGAACUCACCUCGUCCCAGCUCUGCUGGUGAUAUCUCUGGGCAGUCAGGAUCAGGGAAGGCCAGACAUGCAAUAUCUACCAGCUCAUUUGCCUCGACUUCCUGUCCCAGAAUGAUGAACCCUGCUGCGAAUCCCUUCUCCGCCCAAGGGAGAGAUAAUCCACUGUAUCCUCGUCAUUUAGUUCAGCCUACAAGUGGGAUGCCCUCAGGAAAUUCCAUGCAGACGUCUGCAAAUGAGACACAUGUUUUGGAUCACAUUGCGUCUACAAAUAAAAGUUUAGGUUCUGCUGAGCAUUUGCAAAUGCAGCAGCCUAGGCAGCUGAAUGCACCCAGUCCAAAAGCUGCUCUAUCUGACGCUGGGUUAACCUAGUAAAUCUUCCCUUCAGAGUGGACGGGGGACCAAACAAGCACAGCAGCGAUCAGGAUUUACCAAACAACAACUCCAUGUUUUCAAAGCCCAGAUACUGGCAUUUCGUCGUUUGAAGAAAGGAGAAGGUUCUUUGCCUCGGGAGCUUUUUAAAUCUAUUGCUCCACCACCGCUUGAAGUACAGACGCAGUUCCUGUGAGAGUUCAUGUUCAGGAUAAAUCUUCAAAUAAAACUGUA